ACCAUCUAUGAUAUACAUAAAUACCCAUCUCCCUUAGUCCAGACAAAAGCUAUGUGAGGCUGGAAAUACUGUCCCAGUUUUACAGCUGAGCAGGUGGUGAAGACUAGGUUUGAAUCCCAAGUGUGUGUAGAUGACUCCAGAAUGCUUCCUCUUUUAUUGUCCUGACUCACUUGUUGAGUGGUUUGUCUGUAGAUUAAUGGUUUUCAGAUGGUGCUGUAAGGCUCUGUACAGAUCCUUGGAAGUUUGGGAAAAAAUGAUUUUUUUUUUUUUUUUCUUGAGGAAUCAGUCCUUCCCUUUGACUUGUUUUUUAUAUUUGGGUUUGGAAAGAGUUGCUCUGCCUAAAACAUUUGAAGCUUCCUUCCCUAGAAACCUGAGACCUAUCUAGAAUGAAUAUGUAUCAGAAAAUAAAAAUGUAAGUAAUAGUAAUUUAUAUUUGUUAGCAAACAGACUAUUUUCAGUGAUCUUUCUAUUCCUAAUGAUGUUUUGUGUAGCUUAAUGUUAAAAUAAGUUUGAAGUGAUCGAAUGUACUAUUAAUAGGGUGGGGAAGUGAUUAGAAUUAAAAUUUGAUGUGGAAAGUGGGUAAGCUACAAUUUACUGCACAGGGUUCUCUUCCCACUACCAGCUCCUGCCGUGUUUAAAGGCUGCCCUAUAAGCAUGAUGUAAUGACAGGUUAAACCCCUGAGUGUACUACCUGACGCAGUGCAAAUCUGAGGCCCAGGACUUUAUUGGGGCACGGGUAAUGCUUCUUUAAAAACAAAACAAGCUUCUCUGUUUAAUGAGGCCAUUUAAGAUGCUUUUCCCAGAGUGGGAAGAGAAUAUAAUCUCCAUUUGGAGGUUGAAGAAGGAAUUUAAUAUGGUUAUGUGUGUUUACUACUCUCACUGUAGUUUUUUCAAAGGGAGAGAAGGUGUUUGAAAGUAUGGUGCCAACAGGGGUAGAAGUGAAGUGAGUUAGAAAUUGAGGAAAUAUGGUAGUUGACAUUUGGUAAAUAGUUACUGAAUGAAGAGAGGAGAGUGCUUUCAUUCUAUAAACACUUAAGUGUUCACGGUUAACCAGCCACCGUGGUGGCCAUAUAUUUCCCAAAUACUCUCUGUAGGUCUUAGUUUGAAAUCAUACCAAAUUGUUAGUAUCUGUUUUGUUCUACAAAAAGGCAUGUUUCCGCCUAAAUGUAAGCUGGUGGAAAUAUGCUGAGGUGUGCACAUUGUCUUUGGGGGUCCAGGGCUGGGUCUGAGUUGCACAGUGCAGUGCCCUAGAGCAGUCCCGGAGAAGUCCUGAGCUGGGAGGGCGGAGCUUGUGGGCGUACCCACCGCGUCCGCCCCGCCCCGCCAGCCCCGCCCCACGCUAGCUGCGGCUGGGCGCUGCGAUCCUGAGGCCCGUUGGCACUGUGGACUGGAGCAGGCUUUCCCAGCAGUGGGCAGGCCCCAGCCCCGGGCUCCGUGUGGAUCUCCCCGCCGGCCGGACCCUGCAGUGACUCCAGAGCUGGCUCCAAGAGCACGCUUGCUCCAGCCUCCUCGCAUCCUAAGGCCCUGUCCUUCCCCGGAGCUGGUUAGCUAAUGAAUCAGGGGAAGACAAACUUCCAGGACCGACAGUUUAGGGCCCAGUAGAAGACAGCUCGGUGAUGGCGCCCAUUUUUGGAAACACAGGCGAAUUUGAGCUCGCAUUGGAGGUGUGGUCGAUUCCUGUUGGGACGGGAGAGGCUUCAUUUCUCCGCUGCUGCGGUAGCCUGUGCUUCUGAAGAGUGAAUGGAGUGUUACAGAGCAGGGCACUUACCUUCGCUUCUUGAAAACUUGACAUCGGACAUGGUUAGGAACAGAAGGUGUCCAGGAGGAGCCUCUGUUACAAAUCGUAUUUGCUUCUGGGGGAAAGGCUGUGAGCUGGCUGGCUUCUCAUGACCGGGAAGUCUACCUCACCUUUUCUGUACUCCUGGAGAGGCAUCUUGCUCACAUGUUUACCUGCAGCUGGGACAAGGAAAAGAAAAGAAAUGAGCCGCCAGACUGCAACAGCAUUACCCACUGGAACCUCAAAGUGUACGCCGUCCCAGAGGGUGCCUGCCCUGACUGGCACAACCGCAUCCAAUAAUGACUUGGCGAGUCUUUUUGAGUGUCCGGUCUGCUUUGACUAUGUGUUACCACCCAUUCUUCAGUGUCAGAGUGGCCAUCUUGUUUGUAGCAACUGUCGCCCAAAGCUCACAUGUUGUCCAACCUGCCGGGGCCCGUUGGGAUCCAUUCGCAACUUGGCUAUGGAGAAGGUGGCCAAUUCCGUACUUUUCCCUUGUAAAUAUGCCUCUUCUGGAUGUGAAAUAACUCUGCCACACACAGAAAAAGCAGACCAUGAAGAGCUUUGUGAGUUUAGGCCUUAUUCGUGUCCGUGCCCCGGUGCUUCCUGUAAAUGGCAAGGCUCUUUGGAUGCUGUAAUGCCCCAUCUGAUGCAUCAGCAUAAGUCCAUUACAACCCUACAGGGAGAGGAUAUAGUUUUCCUUGCUACAGACAUUAAUCUUCCAGGUGCUGUUGACUGGGUGAUGAUGCAGUCCUGUUUUGGCUUUCACUUCAUGUUAGUCCUGGAGAAACAGGAAAAGUACGACGGUCACCAGCAGUUCUUUGCAAUUGUACAGCUGAUAGGAACACGCAAGCAAGCUGAAAAUUUUGCUUAUCGACUUGAGCUAAAUGGUCAUAGGCGGCGAUUGACUUGGGAAGCGACUCCGCGAUCUAUUCAUGAGGGAAUUGCAACAGCCAUUAUGAAUAGCGACUGCCUAGUCUUUGACACCAGCAUUGCACAGCUUUUUGCAGAAAAUGGCAAUUUAGGCAUCAAUGUAACUAUUUCCAUGUGUUGAAAUGGCAAUCAAACAUUUUCUGGCCAGUGUUUAAAACCAUUGCAUUCAGUUUCACAGAGAAUAAGGCACCCAUCUGCCUGCCAACCUGAAACUUUUGGUAGGUGGAAGCUAGACACAUGAAGGUAAAUAAGAGGAAAGGCUGUUAAAUACAGGAAACAGUUGCAUGUAGUAACACUAAUAUAUUUAAAAAUAAGUCAACAGUAAACCACUGAAAAAAAUAUAUAUAUACACCCAAGAUGGGCAUCUUUUGUAUUAAGAAAGGAAGCAUUGUAAAAUAAUUCUCAAUUUGUGUUGUAGAUUGAGUGUACUGUUGAAAAAUACCGGGUUUUUGUUUGUGUGUGUGCCUGCAAGUUUGUGGGCGUGUGUGGGCGUGUGUGCGCGUGCGUGUGUGUGUGUGUGUGUGUGUGUGUGUGUGUGUGUGUGUUUUUCUUUAACCGACAAGCCAUGUUGCGUGGUCUUGGGCCACUGCUUUUCCCUUUGUGAGUCAAUACAUAGUGCUGCUGUGUGUGUAUAUUUUUUUGUGUGUAUUUGCUAAUUUUUAUUAAUUCUAGUUUUUCAUUAAAUAAAUUUGACUUUCUUUUCUGUAAUUCAGGUUUUUCCUCACUUUAUUUUGUACCUUUUUAAAGUUAGUGUCUUUUUGAUAUGCAUAAUUGUUUAUGGUAAAGUUUAUACAUAUGUGUUCAGUACGUAUUUUCCUUUCCCUCAUUAAUCAGUUCAUUAGAAAUAUUUUCAAUUCAACUCUUUUGUGAAGAUAUGAAUUCCAGAAAGGAAAGGUAACAUCAGAAUUAUCAGGAGGUAUUUAAAGCAGUUAUAAGAUGGUCUCUGUCUCUGUCUCUUUUUCUCCACUUGAGUCAUAUCUUUGAACUUAUUCUUUCAAAGGUUAGGGAAUACUGAUUUUUUUUUUUUUUAAUUCUGGAAAAAAAAUCAGGCUUUUUUCUUCCAAAUAUCUUGGACAAAUCACUUGUUUAAAAUUUGUUCUUGUAUUUAUUGGUUUUGCAAAAGAAGGCAUCGUCUUAGACAGUAUUUGUAAUCAAAAGCAAAUCAUUUGUUUAAAAAAAGGCAGUUUGCAAAAAAUGUUUUUGGUCUUUUAUAAUUCUCAUUAAAAGAAUAUCUGGCAAAUUAAAAA